AUGUUCAAACUCCCACUCAAUGAAAAAGUUGUCGAUGGAGCCUUCUGCGACAUAAACAGCGAGUCACAACGUGCCGAACUCAUUCGAAAAUGUAACCUCAUUAUUUUCGACGAGCUACCCAUGACACACCGCUACUGUAUAAAGGCUCUGGAGCGGACUUUGCGAGACAUCAGACGCUCCGAAGCUUUGUACGUUGAAGCAUCCUUCAUCUCAAGCGAGCUAUGGCCAAAAACAAAACUUAUGCGCCUAGCAAUGUCCCAAAGAGACGAAGAAGACCCUGCCUACGCUUCCUUCGUCCGAUCCAUCGGCGAAAACAUACACCCAACAACCACCUUUAGCGACGGUGCCAAACGCGUUCCGCUAUCAAACACCCAUGACACCUCCACCACGGACCACUUCUCUUUGCAGUACACCACAGAUUUCAAUGACUUGAUCAACUUCGUUUACUCUGAUAUCCAUGAAGACGCUCGCCACCUCAAUGACCACGCUCCCCUAGCAACCACCAACACUUCCAUCGACUCAUGCAACGACGCCAUAUCUUCCAGACGCCAAGGCGACAACGUUACCUUCCACAGUUCUGACACACUCAUAAAAGAUCAUAACAACCCUGCAUCACCAACCGCCUUCUGCUCGACUGAACAUCUCAAUAACAUUGACAUCCCCGGCGUUCCUCCCCGUCAGCUGAAAAUCAAAUCGGAUGCUCUGGCAAUGUUGAUCAGGAAUUUAAAUUUUUCCGAGGGCCUCGUCAACGGCCAAAAGGUUGUCAUUCGGGGAGUAUCCCCAAACUCUCGCGUAGUCCGAGUGGAACUAUUAAGUGAUCACUCCAUCGUCCUCAUUCGUCGUAUUUCGUUCCACGCUCAAUAUAUGCUCUAA